AUGCCAUUGGUUUUGGGGCUUGACUUCGGCAGAUACGCUAGCAAGAAUCAAUCUAUUCGGGACCAUCCUCUUAUGGCGGCGAGUAUUAUAAAUGGCCAGUCUAGGUUAUUUAUUGCAUAUCCAUAUCGUCUCACAUUAGUUAACGAUCUGGCACGUACUAAUUCAUUAACGGGAACAGCUUGCUACUCAUGCGUUGCUCUCAACUACAGAAUAUCAGUACCAUCACGCAAUGCUCCACUUCCACCGUCACAAGAUGCAAAAAAUCUCUCGGAGCUCUUCAAAGCAAUGCAGGAAAGCGGCGUUCGUGUUCCUACGUUGGCGGACACAUGUGCAGAUUUAUCUCCUUCUUCAUCACCGUCCUCAUUUAUGCAGUCUCCAAUUGUUCUGUGUCGGCCAAAACGAUGUACAAAGCUUACCUUCAAUUUUAAAGGUGAAAGAGUUGUUGUUCGAAACUGCAUUUCGAACACGUUUUCAAACGAAUCGUUGUUACAAACACUCAACUCACAGUGCCUUGAGAAAUAUUCAAAUAUUACGAUUGGAACGCUCAACAAUGUUUCCAUAUGCGAAUGCGAACGAGAUCUCUGCAAUUUGUCUGCUGUACGUUUGAUUCUGAUUGUAUUGAUUGCUCCCUAUCUAACAAUGUAG